UCUGGCACCAUUUGAUAGGUUGGCAGCCGCGACUCUUGUUGGCGGGAAAAUUUGCCCUAGUGUGACGUUGACAAACCGACCACAACCAUCUUGUCGAAAUUUUCAGGUUUUGUCUGAAGCAAGUUGUCACUGAAGCGUUUUUCCUCUUUUUAUCUCUUGUCGAAAUCGGAAUACAAGUUGACGGUCUUGUUUGAAGGCUUUUGAACAUCUUACUGAAUGCAACUGUGGUAGAUUUUGGCUAUUCUGUCAUUCAAGUUUGGCCGUGGAAAUGGCAGAUAUUCGAGAUCCUAGUUGGUCUUUCAAAGCAUACACAAUCCCACGGAAAGAAAGAAGGCCUUCAGAAGACUGUCAAUACGUUUUACCAGUGAACUCCCGAGAGGCAAAAGAAAUCGAACAAAGUAUCAAGCGGCUAACAUGGGACACUAACGACCUCGUCGAUCGAGUUGUCAGCAUCUCUUACAUAAAGAAGGUAGACAAUCUAGUCUUAGAGCGAGAAUAUCAUGAAAAAAGAGCGUCAAUGCGGGACGAGGGAAGAUUACCCAAGGAGCUCUCGCAACAGUUAGCGUUCUGUGUUGAGACAGAAGAUUGUCGUGUUAGGGAUAUUUGUCGGAUAGGUUUGGUUUGCGAUGGUGUCGACCACACCCUUGGCGAUGGAUACAUGGGUGUGACCGUGUGGAGGUGUCCGGACUUGUGUCUCAGAGCGUUUAGGUGGCCCACUUCUGGAACUGCGUACCUAAUGGUAUUUAAGAUUGUAAAAGGCCGCGUGAAGUUCGUAUCAGCAAAGUUAUCUCCUGAAGGUCACACGUUAGAGCCCUCUCCGAACUAUGACUGCCACGUGUCAAGAAACACAGCUUGUUCCUCUGUGACAGACUUGACCGCACUCAUGCGAAGCACUCAGUAUUACCUCUAUGAAUAUGAUGACGAAGGACUACCGUCGAAGCGCCCGCGACACUGCCUCCCGUUUGCCGUCAUUGCUCUACACAGAAGCGAGGAAAUGGCGAGCCUAUUAAAAUCACCUGUCUGUUUAGAGAAUGUAGCUAGCGCUGUUAAAGAUUCUACACUACCAAUUGAGGAUCUCACCCCGUUUUUUAAUGAGGAAGACGGCAUUCUUGCGUGGAGAGGCCUUGUAACAUGUAAGGACAAAAAACUAGGAUGCGUAUCACUGCUAGCGGGACAUAAAUUGGGAAUCAACUUUUGGAAAUCGUAUCUGGAUGUCUCCACAAAAAUUCUUUUUAAACAGUUAGGUGCGUUGCUGCCAGGGGACGUGAAAAGUGCAUGGAGAUCGCCUCUUGAUUACAGGAACUAUGUGCUUAGUCUUUGCACGAUGAGGGUGGCAUCUAGGCAGCAAAGUGAAACAUUCACCAGCUUUACAAGACACCUGGCCAUUAAAGCCAAGGCGGCUGGCGUUUUGUGCAUUGAUCCUUCCACGACAAUGUUCCUCGUUCCAUCGGGAAAACUGGCUGUACGUCUUGGAUUUUGCGCAGUAGCGGAGCCACUUAGGAUGUUUUGCAUCGUGUGCCGUCGUCAAUCCCCGUUUCCACCAUCCGUCUGUCCGCUCACUCCCCCAACAGUCAGCCGCUCCGCCCAGUCAUCACCAAGUACUCCUGUUUGGCCUCCUGUCUCCAUUUUAAGACCGGCAUCUUUAGAUUUUAACGUACGACACAAAUCAAAAAUUGUAGUAUCCUCGCCGAGCAAUAGUCUUAGACACUCGCAUCCUCGUCACAUCGCUAAGCGAUCCUUGUCAUUUUCACACAGUCCCGUUAGGAAUGACAGCAAGAGUCUGCAACGAACGUCGAGGAGUGCCAGUUCUUCUGGUACUGUCGCUUUUCAGGGAGACAUCGCAAUGGACUCCACAAUGUCAUCAGACUUUUCUAACGAUAAUGUCAUGUCCACGACUGAAGAAGAUUGUUUGAAGAAUCAAUCGCGUAUGCCAGAUGCCGAUUCAAAGGGGAAUGAAAUAAACUCAGCCAAUUCUCUGAAAGGGCGCUCUUGUAAUAGUCUAGACGUAGAGCAUCUUGAGAGUAAUCCAGAGUACUCAACGGUCUCGUGUGCAUCCUUUGAUACCGUGAAAAGCUCUAAGCCUAAGUUAGCUGUAUUAAACCUUUCUCGUUUAAAGACUUUGAGAAGGCUUCGUAAUGUUUCGACGAAUGCUCAAAAUGGUAAUUCAGAGUCAAUAAUCCAGUCAAACGGUUCGACAAAUAGUAAAUCCUCAAGAACACCAAAUGAACGGCCCCACACACCAACAACAAGUACAAAUUUCUUUCCUUUUUGGCCUGACUCACCGCUGGUGUUAUUUCCCGAUCGGGAAAGGAUUCCAUUUCUCUCUGAUACACCUGUGAAAACAAUUCAAGCCGAGGAUACGAGAGAAGCGAUUUCGGAGAGUCCUAGAGAGGAUUUUAGAACCGAUCUGUCAAAGCCAGGUGGUGAAUCAUUUAAAGCAGCAUGAGGAGGUCAGACGCGAGGUGAAAAAGCUGAUUCCAAUUCGACAACUUCAGUGGAAAGGCCUUUUAAUUCAUUGGAAGAUGAAUAUCGUAAUAGCUCAAGCUUUUGUGUGAAGAAUUGGAACUUUAACUCGUCAUACCUGAAUGACAAAGCCAUCUUGCACACCUUGAGCAAAGCAGCAUCCCGAGAAGGAUUCUUAAAACUCCAGAGAUCAACGCACGUUGAAACCUCGGAUUUCUGUAAUAUCGAGGCCUUCCCUCAGUUUGUCAACUUGGAAGAUGUGAACGACUUGAAGAAAAGAGAAACCCGUGCAGAAAUGCCGCAUCCCCACGAUGAUAAUCAGGCUAUUCAGCCAACGGAAGUAGACCUCAGGUGCUCUUCUAAUGAAGAGCCCACGGAGAAUGCAUGUAAAGGAACCAAGAGUACAGAGAUCCCUCAGGUGCACGAUGAUCUUCAUGCUAUCAAUGCAGAUGUGCUCAAGUCUUCGCAGUUAGCACCUUACGAUUCAUCGUCAAGACAAUCAAAGUACGUUGAGAAUGCUGCUUAUGGAAGCCCACUGCCUACUCAAAGCUUGAGAUUACAUAGAACUGUUAACGAACACGUGCCCAAAGCUUUCACAAGUUUUCUGAAUCCAACUGGCGGAGCUGAGUGCACUUCAAAACUAAUGAUUACAUCGACCUCAAAGAAACCGUCGUCUAACAUCGUUGGUCAAAGGAGCCUUUGCCAAAAAUUCACCAGAAAUGAGAAUCGUAAAGCAACUGAGAAGCAGUGUUGUGUGUUUGCCACUGACUUGGAACAACUAUGUACCACGGUAGACUCCGAGAAAGGCACCAGGCAAAGUUCAACUGAAGUAUUAACUGAGGUAAUGGAUAGUUUUGAUGGUUUUGAUACUAGUUUGUUGACGGCAAGGGAAAAGGAUGCUUGUUUGGAUGGAGUCAUUUGUUUUGAAAGUGGUAAUCCGGGAAAACAUGAAAUUCUCCAGAUAAGUGGUAAACGCGAGGAGGAAGUAAUGGUAAAGAAUCCCAAAAACAGUGCUGGAACGAAAUUUUGAAAUAGGAAA